GUAGUGAUUACGCUCUUUUAACUGUUUAUGAAGGAUUGUUUGCGAACACUGACAUACAGUUAUGUCUGUAAGAUUCGCCAAACUUUUCCAUACGCAGCCGACAUGUAGACAAUCAUCAUUGAUGACCUUCAGUAAGUUCACCAUGCCACACUGUAGGAGAUUGGGACAGAUUUUUGUAAGAUCGUUCUACUCAAGUGCAAGUUAUUUCAUACCUAACGCUUCUCCUAAACUGUCACCUCAACAGGUUAACGCAUACAUUAGAUUGAAUGAGCAGUCAAUUAUCGGGGAAGGUGCAGUAAAAAGCUUUGACUGCAACCGCCUUCCAGCUAAUAAUCCAAUAGAAGACCGUGAUGCUUCAGCUAAACUAAAGAAUUCAAAGACGGGUCAAUACUUAUUUGGCGUAUUUGAUGGUCAUGGAGGAGACUUUUGCUCUCAGGCUGUUUGUGAACGCCUGUAUAAUUAUAUUUCCGUGACAAUGUCUCCACCAGAAGUAUUGGAUGUGGUUAGGAAAGCCAAUUAUGACAUUAAUACCCUUGUGGAUUGGUUGCAUGGACCACAAAGGAUAUUCACUGACGUCAUGGAUAGUGUUUACAAGGCAAAACUGGCAAAACUAGCUUCAGAAAUUCUUUCUCUCUCAGAAGAAACGACUAUAAAGGAAAACCUUAUUAGUGCAUUUAAUUCUCUUGACCAUGACUUGAUGAGUGAAGCUGCACCUACAACUCUUAAUAGAGAAUUACAAUUUAAUUCUAUGCACAUGGCAUUUCAAGGGUCAUGUGCAUGUGUUGCAAUGUUAGAUGACACAGACUUGUACAUUGCCAAUACAGGAGAUUGUAGAGCAGUUCUAGGAGUGCAGGAUGAAGAUGGGUGGAAUGCUCUACCAUUGUCUCAGAUGCAUGAUGCUGCUAAUCCAUCAGAAAUUAGGAGGCUUUUGCAGGUUCAUCCAAAUGAAAGGGCUAAUAUGAUUCAGCAAGGAAGACUUUUUGGAAUAUUAGCUCCUCUUCGAGCAUUUGGAGAUGCCCAGUUCAAGUGGUCUGCAAGAGAUUUGAAACAUGUUGAAAAGACAAGUGCCUAUGAUAUUCCUAUCUAUGGUAAAACACUGAUUCCCAGAGGCUACCAAACGCCUCCUUAUGUUACUGCUGAGCCUGAAGUGAUCCAUCAUACACUCACACCUAAGGAUAAGUUUCUCAUUAUAGCCUCAGAUGGGCUUUGGGAACAAAUGCCAGCAGAAAAGGUAGUUCAAUUAGUUGGCGGUCACAAUGUAGGUCACCAAGUACCUGUGAACUUUCAACCUUCUCCAAAUAUGACUUUAAAAGACAUAAAUGAAGCACUCAAAAAGAGACAAGAUGACUUGAAGCAGAAACCACAAGAUGACAAUGUGUGCUCCUAUCUUUUGCGACAUGCUCUUGGUCCAGAACAUCAAAGAAUCUCAGAAACCCUAUCUCUAGCCCCAGGUUAUGCCAGGUUUUACAGAGACGAUAUCUCCAUUAUUGUUGUUCAUUUUGAUAGUGAAUAUAUUAAAGAUAGAUAUGUCACAUGACAUUGAAAUUUUCUGAUUUUACAUGGCCUCUCUACAUAACGUAACAGAAAUGAAUGAAAUCUAAUUAUAGCAUGUGCAGUAACCAACUCUCUAGCUAUUCCAACUGAAAAAAGCUAACCCCAUUCAUCCAGAAUAACAAGUACGCAUAUCAGUUUUCAUGUUUUAAACAGUUAAAAUAAAUCUUUAAGUUUUACUAUGAAUUAUAUUGAUCCAAUAUUGUUGUGACCUCUACAUGUACGAAUAUUCCAUGAUCAUAUGUCUGUAUUUAAAGUGAUCCCUGUGGCGUUAUCUGUAUCAUAUACAUGUACCUAUACUGAGUCAAUAAACUGUAACUAGAUAACUAAAAUGUACUUGAUCUGAAGUUUAUAGAUCAGUUUCAAUUUCAGAAGUUGAAAUAUGUUAUGUAAAUGUGACAUUAUUACCAUUAUGUUGAUUCCUAGAUUGACAAUGUUGUCUAUAUCAGUCAAUAAAUUUGCCUAUAGUUUAA